CUUUCCAAGUUUCUACUUACUCUGUGUCCAUUGUAAGUUUGUCAAAAUAAAAAUGGUGUCCUGGAGUUCUUUAGGUCGUUCUUUCGGUGUAAAUCUUUUCAAAAAUCAUUUUAAGGGAUCUUGUAAUAUUCAAAAUGUGAGUUUUUCAACAAACAAAGCGCUUUGCGCUGGUGGUCACCAUAAGACGUUUGCUAUGCAACCUUCCAGAUGGCAAUGGCACAAAUUCAAGGAUAUGUUUCACUACUACGUGAUGGUUGGGUUGAUUCCUGUCAGUCUGAUUAUCUUCUACUCCAAUGUCUUCAUAGGACCUGCUCAAUUGACACCUAUUCCUGAGGGUUACAAUCCUAAGCACUGGGAGUACUAUAGUCAUCCAAUUACGAGAUUUAUUGCCCGAUACAUUCAUAAUAACCCGCAGCAAGAAUAUGAAAAGUUUAUGCAUUUUAUUGAUGAAGAGGCUCAAAAGAUAAAGUUGCGCGCUUUGGAGAAGCAGAUCCUACAGAAAAUGGGUGAACGUAGUGACUAUCAGGCAUAUUAUUAUAGACCAAUGGUCAACAAAUACAUGCGCAUUGAGAAGAAGACUGGAGAUGAACUUUACGAGCGUGCUGGUGAUAACUACAAAGAAUAAAAAAAUUCAAUGCCUUUAUGCCUUUGGUAUUAGUUUAUAUUUAGUAAUCAAGUGAAUUGUUAAUAUUUCAAUGUAGAUAAUAAAUCUUUUGAUUGUUGCUUAUUA